AUAGAAACCCCAAAAAGCAGCAACAUGGUUGUUUGGACAGACUUCGAGCGCGCUACCAUCCAGGACCUCUUUUCCAAGAUCGACUACGAGUCAGUUGGUCACCAGGCACUGUCAAGGUGUCUCGUCGUUUACCCAUGGACCCAGAGGUACUUCGGUAGCUUUGGAAACUUGUACAACGCCGCUGCCAUCAUUGGAAACCCCAAGGUUGCUGCCCAUGGCUUGGUAGUAGUACGUGGUCUGGAGAAAGCAGCGAAGAACAUGGACAACAUUAAGGCCAUUUACGCCGACCUGAGUGUGCUGCACUCUGAGAAACUGCACGUGGAUCCUGAUAACUUCAAGCUGCUGGCUGACUGCAUCACCAUCGUCAUUGCCUCUGUCCUGGGUGCCAGCUUCACAGCCGAAGUACAGGCAGCUCUGCAUAAGUUCCUGGCUGUUGUUGUCUCUGCACUCGGAAAGCAGUACCAAUAAAUGCUGAAGUGAUUUGACGGCCAGAGAGGACCAUCAAACGUUUUCAGUUCUAAAAAUGACCAUGUACUACUUGUGAAAGCAAGUAUUUAAAUAAAAUUACCAAUACACA